AUGAUGUCACCAAACUGGGAACCUCCGCGAGACUACCGUAAUCGUCCAGUCGCCAUCCUCGGCGCAGGUGUUCUGGGCCGACGAAUAGGAUGCAUCUGGGCUUCUGCCGGCUACGAUGUCCGAAUUCGAGACCCCAGCGCUCAGCAGCGAGCAGAUGGACUUGCAUACAUUCAGGAGAAUGUCGACUCAUAUCCCGCAAAGGCAAACAAAGCCCAUGGCUCGUUUGAGGCUUUCGAAGACAUGAAGCAAGCCCUCGAGAAUGCCUGGCUUGUCAUUGAAGCUGUUCCAGAAAAGAUCGACCUCAAGAUCGCCACUUUCGCUGAAUUAGAGGCCUUUGCCCCGGAUGAUUGCAUUCUGGCCACCAAUUCAUCCUCAUACAAGUCUUCCGAAAUGAUCAGCCAGGUCUCAGAAUUGACUAAAACACGAAUCCUGAACAUGCACUAUUACAUGCCGCCAGUAUGUAUGGUUGUGGAACUGAUGACGGAUGGAUACACUGCCCAGGAGAUAUUCCCUUUCAUGGUUGAGCGCUCCAAGGAAGCUGCCAUAAUUCCGUAUGUGGCAAGAAAGGAGUCAACUGGGCUCAUCUUCAAUCGCUUAUGGGCUGCCAUGAAACGCGAAGUCUUGACCAUCUUAGCCGAGGGUGUUUCGGUGCCGGAGGAGAUUGAUGCUAUGUGGAAAGAACUGUUCCUCAAAGGAGGGAACCUUCCCUGCCAGACAAUGGACAAUGUUGGUCUAGACACCGUUGCAUUUAUCGAAAGUCAUUACGUCAAUGAACGCGGGCUCUCUCCGGAGAAAACGGUUGACUUUUUGAAAAGCAAGUACCUCGACCACGGUAAACUUGGGUCAAAGUGCUCGAAGGGUGGUCUCUAUCCUCCUGUUGACCAGUCAACUGUCAUCAAGCCCAAUCCUAGAACAGAACCCGAAAUUUUGGUGCUGGAUCUGGGCUUGUCAGCCACCCCUCCCACCACCACAGCCGGAGAGAUCAUCAGGAUUUCUGCAGAUGGUAAGCUACCAAAAGCAAUUCUGAAAGGCCAAUAUUUGCCCGAUGGGAUUGCUGUGCACUCACCCUCCCGCCGCAUGUUCUGGACUUGCAUGGGUGUCCCAGGAAAGUCGGAGGGAGCCGUUUACUCUGCCAACGUGGACGGCACCGAUCUCAAGAUCCUUGUUGCUCCCGGAAUCAUCAACACGCCAAAACAGCUGGCUCUGGACCCCGCCGCACAAGCUGUCUAUUUUUGUGACCGUGAAGGGUGCCGAGUCUACCGCUGUGCGUUUGACGGCUCCAAUCUUGAGAUCCUGAUUGAUAGAUAUCGCCAAGAUCCCACCCCAGAAGAAGCUAGCUAUAGAUGGUGUGUGGGCGUUGCCGUGAGCCCCAGUCAGGGUAAAUUCUACUGGACUCAAAAGGGUCCGUCGAAGGGUGGCCACGGGCGAAUCUUCUGCGCCAAUAUCGUAACCCCCACAGGUCAAUCACCUGAUGCUCGGGAUGAUGUCCAGUGUAUUCUGUCUGAUCUCCCUGAACCGAUUGAUUUGGAUGUGCACGAACCCUCUCGCACGCUGUACUGGACUGAUCGUGGCGAAUUGCCCUGGGGCAACUCGCUGAACAGAAUGAGGUUGGGCGAAGACGGGCUUCCUCUGCCAACCGACUCCUCACGAAAGUAUGAGAUGAUCACCAGGAAUCUGAAUGAGGCGAUCGGUCUGAAAUUGGAUACCGUCAAUUCCCACAUCUAUCUCACUGAUUUGGGCGGAUCGAUCUAUCGCUGCGAUCUUGAUGGCACCCACAAGGAAAAGCUUCGCUCUGACGACAACCGAGCCUUUUCUGGGAUUGCUCUUCUAUGGCCUUGA